AUUGUAUCUUCCGGGUAUUCUUGUCCAUCAGGGUGUGGAAGAGUUUCAGUCAUUUCUGCCUUCACAGUCCUGCUGGAAUCUGUCAACAGGGAAGUGUCAAGAUGGCCCCGGGUGGACUAAAAGCGCUCGUAAACGAGAAAAUCCUCAGUGGUGUCAUCAAGAGUGUGAAGAAAGAUGGGGAAUGGAAGGUUCUCAUCGUCGAUCACAUCAGCAUGCGGAUUCUGUCCUCUUGCUGUAAAAUGUCUGACAUCAUGGCGGAGGGCGUUACGAUUGUAGAGGACAUUAACAAGCGGAGGGAGCCGAUCCCUAGUCUGGAGGCCAUUUACCUCAUCUCUCCUGUGCCAAAGUCCAUUCAUUCUCUAAUCGGGGAUUUUCAAAGAGACAGCCUUACAUACAAAGCAGCACACAUCUUCUUUACAGACACUUGUCCUGAUGGGCUUUUUGCUGAGCUCGGGAGGUCGAAGGUUGCCAAGGUCAUCAAAACCCUGAAGGAAAUCAAUGUGGCUUUCAUACCAUACGAGUCACAGGUGUUUUCUCUAGACAACCCUAGUUCCUUCCACACUUUCUACAGCCCAACUCUACAGACUAAUCUAGAUGACAGGACCAGGAUGAUGGAGGCCAUGGCCGAGCAGAUCGCCACACUCUGUGACACACUGAAGGAAUACCCAGCCAUCCGCUACCACCAGGGCCCAAAGGAUAAUUUCACCCUGGCUGAGUUGGUGGUGGACCGUCUGAAUGCACAUAAAGCAGACAAUCCCAGUAUGGGAGAGGGCACAGAUAAAGCUCGCUCCCAGCUGCUCAUAGUGGACCGUGGAUAUGAUCCCAUCUCUCCAAUCCUGCAUGAGCUGACCUUUCAGGCUAUGGCUUACGAUCUACUGGACAUCGAGCAAGACAUUUACAAGUAUCAGACGGCAGGGAUCGGCGAGGCUCGAGAGAAGGAAGUGCUGCUGGACGAGGAUGAUGAGUUGUGGGUUCAGCUGCGGCACAUGCACAUAGCAGACGUCACUAAGAAGGUGACGGAGCUGCUGCGCACCUUCUGUGAGAGCAAGAGGAUGACCACAGACAAGGCCAACAUCAAAGAUCUGUCUCAGAUGCUGAAGAAGAUGCCACAGUACCAGAAAGAACUAAGCCUGUACUCCACUCAUCUGAACCUCGCUGAUGCCUGCAUGAAGAAGUUCAAAAACACAUUAGACAAGCUCUGUGCGGUGGAGCAGGACUUGGCCAUGGGUUCAGAUGCUGAGGGCGAACCGCUCAAAGAUGCCAUGAAGAAUAUCGUUCCUGUUCUGCUCAACACCGAGAUCGAACCCUACGACAAAAUCCGUAUCAUACUGCUUUACAUUUUCCAUAAGAAGAAGGGCAUUGGUGAAGAGAAUCUCACAAAACUCAUCCAGCAUGCAAACGUGCAAAAAGACAGUAACAUCAUCACCAACCUGCAGCACCUGGGCUGCCCCAUCAUCGCUGGGGGCACUAAUUCUGGUAAGGUUCUGCCUGACAGGAAAGAACGCACAGAAUCCACAUAUCAGCUCUCCCGGUGGACGCCCAUCCUGAAAGAUGUGAUGGAGAACAUCAUUGAUGACAAGUGUGACAGGAAGCAGUGGCCGUUCCUGUCUGAUCCGGCCCCCAUCACCACCACCACAUCAACUACAGUCAGCAGUGCACGGUUUGGACACUGGCACAAGAACAAGUCUGCCACAGAGUACCGCAGCGGCCCUCGCCUCAUCAUCUUUGUGAUUGGCGGCGUGACCCAUUCUGAGAUGCGCUGUGCUUAUGAAGUGACCCGGGCCACCGAGGGCAAGUGGGAAGUUCUGAUCGGAUCGUCUCAUAUUCUCACUCCAACCAGCUUUCUGAAUGACCUGAAGGAUUUGGACAAGCCUGCAUCCGUUUAGCAGUACAUCUCUGAAGAGAUUCAUCCCACUGAACUCAUGUGAAACCUGAAACUCUGAAGUUAUGAUUCUCUCAAAUGACCAGUGAAAAGACCUUGAGAUCUAGCUUACUGAUUAUUUGCUUUUAAAGUAGUAAUUUUAAUUACCCAAGUUAAACUGGUGGUAUAUGUAUGUAUAUAUAUUCAUGCUGUUGAUGACUGAUGCUUAAUUUAAAAGAAAAAUGAUAUAUAUAUAUAUAUGAGACUAUGUGGAUUAAAUCUUGCCUUACACCAUUUGAAUAUCAGUCCUGUCAAGUUCUGAUGUGAUUUGAAGACUUCUUUGGACUGGAUUCUGAGACAUGCUGUACCAACUGCCUUUGCUUAUUAUGGAGGUUUUGUCUUUCUGCUACUGUAAAGCUGCACAAUGUGGAAAUUUUGCAAGACAAGUCAGCUUAUAGUACAGUUGCCUAUUUCUGAUUUCCAGUCAGGUUUUGUUAUAUUUUCUGCCCCCAUGUUGGUGAAGGCAUGAAAUGUUUCAUCUCAGUAUAGAUGUCUUUUUGUUUUUCAUGCUCUGAACUUGUGCACUUUUUUCUUUUACUGUUAUGUUAUCACAUAUAGGUGGAUGUGGUUCACUGGCUCUUUUGUCUGUUGUCUAUUUGUUAACAAUUCUAAAUAAAUUUUCCUUAUACCUCA